CAGAACCACAAUUGCGUCCCGAAGGAUCAAAUAUCGAUUCAGGUGCCAGAUACGUGUACCAAGGAGAAUAUCCACACAUGGCUGCCAUAGGUUGGAGAAGGGUGAACGGCAGCUUGGACUUCAGAUGCGGUGGAUCUCUGAUAAGCUCCAAGUUCGUCCUGACUGCGGCACAAUGCACUGCUGUGAGGAUUGACACAACACUGCCCGACAGAGAGCCGCACUCGGUCCGACUUGGACAUACCACUGCUUUGGAUACUAAAGCCAUGCCUGAAAACACUCUUGACAUAAAAAUACAUCGGAUUAUGAGAAGCCCUAAAUUCAUAGCCGGAAAAAAAUACAAUGACAUUGCACUGUUGGAGCUAGGGGCAGAAGUGAAAUUCUCAAAGUUCAUUCAACCCGCAUGCCUGUACCACAUACCUGAUGUCCUGAAACUAAGUAAGAAGGCCAGGGCUACUGGAUGGGGCAUCUUUUCUGAAGGUAAAAUCUUGAUUUCAUGUUGUAGACUGAAGAAUGCUUCCUUCACUCUUAAACAAAUCUCCCGUAAACAAUUAACUGUAAUACAUGUGUCUUCUCCAAGAUGGGUUAAAGACAUAUUCUCCAAGCUUGAAAAUAACAGAAAAGCAUGAAAUAACCAGUAUCUU